AUGUCUUUACCGCCGGAGCUUUUACGAGAAGUAAAGCGGUUCAAUGCCCUUAAAAUGGUGAGGGGAUUGCUCCAAAUUCUUCCAUAUGAGACAUUCAUUAACCCUGAAAAUGGGUAUAUCUUCGAGGGAGGUCAAUGUGAGUUUGGUGUUGAUGUCAUUGUUCCCCCACCCCAUACCAAUUGGGAGAUCGUCUCUUUUGAUGAAAAACUACUCCCUUAUCCCAAGUUCUCGUGGACUGUUAAGAACUUUUCUGGCUUGAGCGAGUCUGUUUACAAGUCAAACAGUUUUUCAAUGGGAGGAAAGACAUGCUGUCUAAUGCUGUAUCCGAAGGGCUACUUAAAAGCAACUGGGAAAUAUUUAUCCGUGUAUCUUUAUUUAGCUGAUAGUGAAACACUAAAACCUGAUGAAAAGAUUUUCACUCAAGUACUUGUCCGAGUCCUAAACCCGCUUGGAUCCAAUCAUGUAGAACUCAAAUUGAACUCCUGGUACGAGAAAACAAACUGGGUUUGGGGUUGGAGUUACUUUUUCUCUUUAGAUAAAUUUCAAAAGACUUACUUGGACAAAGAAGACACGUUGAAAGUUGAGGCCGAAUUUAAAGUUGUUUCUGCGGCCAAAUACUCUACCGUUAUCUGA